CUCAAUCCCUCUCUCCGUUACAGAUUCUCAUCGGUUUGUAAGGCGCUCCGGCUGAGGGUGUGAGGCGGGGGCCUUCAAUGCUCAUAGGGCCCUGGGUGGAGAUACGGGCACAGUGUGCAAAGAAGAAUGGAACUCAACCCAGCAAAGCCAAAAGUUCCAGCUUUCCUUUCCAACCUUGGGAAAGCUACCCUUCGAGGCAUCCGUAAAUGCCCGCACUGUGGUACUUAUAAUGGGACCCGUGGCCUGAGUUGUAAGAAUAAGAGCUGUGGAACAGUAUUCCGUUAUGGCAGCCGAAAACAAGUUAGCAAGGAUGCAGUGAAAUUGAUAACAGGGUCUGAUAUGCAAUUAUUCUCUGUGCGGCAGAGGGAUAGAGGGCAUGAUCACAGAUGUUUGGUUGUGUUGGGUAUGUCAGAGACAACCAUCCAGACCACAGAAGGCACUUUGAUUACUCAUAUAAGCUCAGGCCGUUGCUUUGCCCCAUCCUGCCUCAAAGCUGUGGCUCGUGGCAUGGUGGAAAACCAGUGCCAGCACAUCAAACUGGCUAUGAACUGUCAGAAUAAUGCACAGCCACUGCCACUGAAAAGUGCAGUGCUAAAUGCGAUGCAAAUUCCAGCAGAGACCAAGCAAAACAUAUGGCAGCUUGCCAAUGAAUCAACAGGGCCGUUGGUGCAGAGAAUUACUAAGUCUAUCCUUGUGGUUCGAUGUAAGACAAGUCCGCAGCACAGCUUAGGAUACCUCCAUGUGUCCUUCACACAGAAGAUAGGUCCACAGAAUGAGGUAGGGCAUGUCUUCCAGUGCUCAUGCCAAUCUCAAAAAACAGGCAAAACCGCAGCAACAAAGCCUGAACUGGAGGAGAAAUGUAUCCACUACUAUGCUUGCCUGGGAGCCUUUGCCAGUGAUGAAGCUUUGGCUGAAGAGUUCACCGAGUUCUUCUGCUUUUUGUCCUCUGGUCUAAAGGAAGUCACUGUUGCUGCAUCAGAAUGCAAAAUGGAAACUUCAGAGCAAGUACAAGCAUCUGCAGAGUUCAAACCAAAGAAACGAAAAAAGGAUGAGGGUGUUGGUACUAAUUCAAAUGUUCAGGACACAGUAGUCAACAGUGUGAGAAAAAAUGUACCAAAAAAGCCAGCAAUUAACCCUACUGUGAAGAGACAAGGUUGUAAUCAGCUGUUGGAUGAAUCCCAGGUGUCACUGUCCUUCCAGGAAUGGCUGGCAAGCGUAACAGAGAGAAUCCACCAGACAAUGCACUACCAGUUUGAUGGGAAGCCAGAACCGUUGGUAUUCCAUAUACCCCAGUCCUUUUUUGAUGCUCUUCAGCAGAGGAUUUCUUUAGGGAACACAAGAAAGAGGCUUCCGAACUGUACCACAGCUUUUGUCCGAAAAGACGCCCUUCCACUGGGAACCUUCUCCAAAUACACAUGGCACAUAACCAACAUCUUGCAGGUUAAACAGAUAUUUGAUUCUAUAGUGAUGCCCCUUGAAAUUACCAGAAGUUUUGUACAAAACAGAGAUGGGACAUAUGAGCUGUUUAAAUGUCCCAAGGUAGAAGUGGAAAAUAUUGCUGAAACGUAUGGACGAAUGGAAAAGCAACCAAUACGGCCCCUUGAACUUAAAACUUUUUUGAAAGUUGGUAAUACCUCACCUGACCAGAAGGAACCCACCCCAUUCACCAUAGAGUGGAUUCCAGACAUUCUACCUUUGUCUAAAAUUGGAGAGCUGCGUAUUAAAUUUGAAUAUGGCCAUCAUCGGAUUGGACCUUCUGCUGAAUUCCAGGAGCCUCCUCCCCAUCUGGAGCACACUCUAGAAAUCACGCCGCUUACCACAAUUACGUUUGACUGAUCCUGAUUACAUGUACAUGCAGUCUUUACAGGAACUAAUUUAUUUACACAGUCUCGUGUAGUGAACGGAAUGUGGGUUGGACGGUCCGAACAUUUUAUGCAAACUUUUCGAAGGGUGCAUCUAUUAGUAAAUGGAUUACAAUUGUCUCUGCACAAUAAUACUGCCUCAUCCAUAAUCAGUCUCUAAUUAUGCUGCUGUCUUACUCUCUGACUCUACCUUCUGCAUUGUUAUGCAUAAACAGUGCUGUAAGGAUUAAUAAUGGAUCCCUAAACUUUUUCAUUUAUGGAUUACUGUGGAACUAGAGACUGACCACUGCAGGAUCUAGAUUUUUUUUAAUUUUAUUAUUAUUUAAGGACAUUGUUUUUCACUUGCCAUGUUAGUUGCAAUUAUCAAAAGAUAGAAUAUUUAAAUUGCAUUGAACAACCUAAAACAAUUGCAAAUAUGUUUAUUUAAUUGUUUUUGCUCUUCCGAUAUUUGUUUCUCUUCUGAUGCAUAUUCUAUAGGGAACAUUUUAGAGAGCUGAUUUCCGCACAUGAGGUUUAGCUUCAUCAUUUCUUUAAUGGCAACAUUGUUAUCAUGUGACUGUAUCCUAGAGCUUCUAUGCUGUUCUUCUUAAUGGCAAAUGGAACUGUAUUUAUAACAAAGGGAACCACACCCAGGGCAUAUAGUCUUUUCAGUUGCUAAUUGUAUACUCCAAUCUGUUGAUACUAUUGGGCAUAUUUAUGAAAGUGCGAGCGGACAUUAUACGAUGUAUACGCUGUCGGCAUUUAUCAUUGCACAAGGAGUUCACCAGAACUGCUUGUGCAAUACCGCCCCCUGCAGAUUCGCGGCCAAUUGGCCGCUAGCAGGGGGUGUCAAUCAACCCGGUCGUAUUCGAUCGGGUUGAUUUUUGUCCGCCGCCUCAGAGCAGGCGGACAAGUUAUGGAGCAGUGGUCUGAAGGCUCGCCGGAAACAAGGGGCAUCAAGCUCCAUUCGGAGCUUGAUAAUUCGGCACCCCCUAUAUUUAUAAAUACCUCUUAUAUUGAGUAUAUGUAUUAAAAAAUUACUCAUCUCCCCAUAGAAGCAAGCUCUAUCUUAGCAAAUGGAUUGGAUGCAUGAGUGAUGUUAUAAAUUAUUUCUGCACACGUUGGUGCUGAUAUUAUUUCAGACAUAUCUAAAUUUCAACAGGGAUGAGGAAAUGGACAUUUAUAGCAUACUUUGGUAUUUCAGUGAAUGUGAAUUAACUUUUUAAACCUUUAUAGUCUUAAAAGGUAAAUCUAGCAACAAAUGAGUUACAAUAUUUUAUACACAAUAGCUUUGUCAUAUGCUCAAAAUAAUCUAUUUAUUAUUUGUUGCUGCCCUAACUUGCACUCAACUAAAUCAUAAUUUCUAGAUUCACAAACUGGUGAGCUUUUGUAUGAUAUGUUAUAUGUACCUAUUAACUCUCUAAGUUUGGUAGCGCUAGAAUUCUCCUGAGAACUAUGAAUGUGCCAAAACUGUAGAAAUUGCCCAGCCAUGAAUUUAGACCACAGCAAAUCCAAAGGAAGAUUGUAUAACUGAUGCUAUUCAAAUGCAUUUUCAGCAAAAGAAAGAAACUUCCGUGUUAGUAUUGAGGUAAUUUAAAUAUGGAAAAAAGUCACCAUGAAAACUGGAUAUUCUUAAAAGUUUCUUAGAAACAACUAUUAAACCUUUAUUUUGGUGAUGUUUUUUUUUUUAUAUAUACUAAAAACCCUUUGAUAAUAUUAAUAAAAUGGCACUGUGGAAAUGAAGGGCCUACCUGUGUGAAAAAGCCAUUUGUUUAAUUACUAACCUUUUCAUUGAUGACUGCUCACUCCCUUUCUAAAGCACUUUCUUAUUAUUCAAUCUCUUUCUGUUUUUAAAGGAUAUAUUUAUUUUGUGUAUUUGUUUUCUUAUAUAAAAAUAUAUUGCUUCA